UUUAUUUAGAGUUAAGGUAAUUUAGUGAAUAAAAGAAAAAAAGAGUUUGUUUUGUAGGUGCAGUGUGGUGUGGUGUUUAGGGUUUUGAAGAAGGAGGAAAAAUGAGCAGCUCGUCGAGAGAAUAUUCUCCAGACUGGCUUCGUAAUGUGGAGGCACCACCAACAACAUCAAUUUGGGCACUAUCCUCCUCCUCCUCUUCCGAUGCUGCUGCUGCUGCUGAUGAUGAUGAUGAUCAACUUCCCAUAAGCUCUGUCGUCAGGAAGUCCCCAAAAGAAACUAAAACUUGGGAGGAGGAGGAGGAGGAGGAGCAGCAUGAAGCUCAACUCCCAAAGGUGGAAGAAGAAGAAACUUCAGCUUCGCGGCUACAAGAGAAUGAUGAUCACAAGGCUUUAGAAACAACUGAUAAGAAGCAGCAAACCGGACCUUAUAUUUCAUCUUCAAGGUUGCCUUUGCUGCUUGCUGAUAAAGUCCAACGUUCAAAGGUGCUUGUGGAGUGCGAAGGUGAAUCUAUAGAUCUAAGUGGUGAUUUGGGUUCUGUUGGGAGGGUGGUUAUUUCAGAUUCCCCAUCUGGGAAUCAAGAUAUGCUUUUGGAUUUGAAAGGAACUAUCUACAAAACAACUAUACUGCCUUCACGAACUUUUUGUGUUGUUAGCUUUGGCCAGUCAGAAGCUAAGAUAGAAGCAAUAAUGAAUGAUUUCAUUCAGCUGAAGCCACAAUCAAAUGUUUAUGAAGCUGAAACCAUGGUUGAAGGAACUCUGGAGGGUUUCUCAUUUGACUCUGAAGAUGAAGGUGAUAAGCAUGCUGCGCAGCGUCAAACGGAUGAGAACGAGGGUGGUGAGCCGCAAAGCAAUGGGAAAAGCAAAGGAAAAUCUGAAACAACAAAAAAGAAGGGUAAAACAGCCGUGAAAAAGCCGGUAGCAAAGAAGGUUACUAAAAAGAAAGCUCCGGUGGCAAAGAAAACCAAGGCAAAGAAAUGAUGUAACCCCUGCCUGCCUGCCUGAUUGUUUUUUAAGAGAAGAAAAAAGGAAAAGGCUAAGCAUUAGAUUGAUUGGUUAGUGUUUAUUUGUAUGAUUGUAGGAUUCUUUUAUACGCACUUGACACAUGAUAUCUUGUUGUGGUUGUUUUUCAUUCAUCUAGAAGGUGAGGUAUGAGUUGAAUUCUUGAUCACCAUGUUUAGCUUGGAGAUACCACAAAUCAUUCAUUCUCUACUUAAAAUGAUGAUAUACAAAUCAUCAUUUCAUUUCA